AGAAAAAAAAAAGAAAGCCCGGAUGGAGGACGCGGUGACAUGCCGUUGUCAUGGUAGCGCUGGGGUCUCUUUUGCCUCCCGGUCAGAACUUAAAAAGAGGAGGGAGGAGAGCUCCUCCGACCAUCUCUGUGACCCCAGCCGUCGCAUCUCACACAGGCAGGAGCAGGGCUGGAGGGAGAGAAGGGAAGGAUGUUGCGGCAAUGUCUGUGGGGGGAGAGGGCCGAGGGACGCGUGUCUGGUGUGAGGAUCAGAUCCAGAAUCCACGGAGCCCAGUUUUCUCCUUUGCCCGCUGGGCUUCGCUAUGUAUCAGGGAAACCCCUCCACGGACAGCGUAGAUGCUCCGAAAUUUUAUCACAUUCUUUUCCCUCUCAAAGUUCUCGAACGUGAAAGCAAUUAUUUUUUAACAAACUGAAAAUGAAUGAAAAUAAAGAUACUGACUCAAAAGAAAGUGGAGAAUAUGAAGAUGACUUUGAAAAGGACCUCGAGUGGUUAAUUAAUGAAAAAGAAAUGGAUGCCAGCAUAAUGGAGAUGUCUUAUGAGAAGGAAGAGACAUUCAUUAAUCAAGAAUUAAAAGAAAAUGAAACAGAAGUAGAACACACAGAACAACUUUCUGAUCUUGACAAAUCUUUGAAGGAUGAGGUUCCACCAAGAAGAAAUGACUUUAUUUCUGUCCCAAGUAUUCAGUCUUUGGAUCGCAUAUCAGAUUCAGAUAGUGAGAACUCUUUUCAGGAAUCCAAAUUAGAAAGUCAGAAAGACCUAGAAGAGGAAGAUGAGGAAGUAAGCAGGUAUAUUAAGGAGAAAAUUAUACAAGCUAACAAGCUUCUACAGACUCAAGAACCUGUGGAUGAUAAAAGGGAACGAAAACUUAAGUUCAAGGACAAAUUGGUUGAUCUGGAAGUUCCUCCAUUAGAGGACAAUGAUGCCUACAAAAAUUAUUUUGGAAGUGAAAACAGUAUGUCUGGAAAACUGUCACAGUUAUGUAUUUCCAAUGAAUUAGGACAAGAAAAUGUAUUCCUGUCACUUACUGAUGGAAGUUUUGAAGAAAACAAGGAUAUGAAGAUACUGGUAGAGAGGGACGGAAAGUUUGAACUCCUGAAUUUACAAGACAUUGAGAGCCAGGGAUUUUUGCCCCCCAUUGGUAAUGCUAUUGGUGCCGAAAAUGAAGCUCAGCAGUUGUUACUCAGAUCUCUCAGCUCAUCUGUCAGCAGUGUCAAGAAAGACGAACCUACAGCGAAGAUCCACAUUACUCAGUCAGCAACAGGAGAGCCCUUGGCUUAUGUCCCUCAGCCACCACCCAACCCCAAAACUCAUCCACGCUCUGCUGCCACCUCAGAUCGAAAUAAAGGAAGUGGAAAAUCUCGUCAUCGGACGCAGUCUGCCAAUAUACCGCCAGUAACCUCCACAUACUAUCUUUCCCUUCAACAGAAGGAACUCCAGAAACAGCUGGAAAGGAAGAAAGAAAAGCUUAAGAGAGUGGAAGAACAACGGAAAAUAGAAGAAGAAAAACAGAAGAAAAAAGACAAUGACAUGGUCUUCAAAGCAUGGCUGCAAAAAAAGAAAGAGAAGGUCAUAGAAAUGAAAAGAAUCCAACGAGCUAAGCAAAUUGAGGACAUGAACAACAGACAGGAAGACAGAGAUCCACAAGAAGCUUUUCGAUUAUGGCUUAAGAAAAAGCACGAGGAGCAGAUGAAAGAAAGAAAGACAGAAGAACUAAGAAAGCAAGAGGAAUGUUUAUUUUUUCUCAAAGGAACAGAAGGCCGGGAGAAGGCUUUUAAACAAUGGCUAAAAAGGAAACGAAUUGAAAAAAUAGCAGAACAACAAGCUGUGGAAGAGAGGGCCAGACAGCUCCGAUUAGAAGCAAGACGUGCUAAAUACUUGCAGAACCACCUUUGGACUAUGGCAGAAGCCAGAUCUUUUCGUUUCACUGAUCAUUAUAACUGAAAGUAUCUAUUAAACAUCUGACAGAUACUGUCAUCAAAAUUCUGGAUAGCAUUUUUUAUGGCUCUUGUGUCUUGGUACUAUUCUAAAUUAUGAAAAUAGUAUUUAUCUUCUGGUGAUACCGAUAUUUUUAAUACUGCAACACAAUAAACUCUCACACUUUUGGAA